CCAUGUCUUAGGCCCCACCCACGAGGCCUCGUCCCACCUGCUUCUCUGCUGGUUUUUCAGAGGGGUGGGGGGCAGCACCCUCGUUCUGAGCCCCGACUCCCCCCCCCCCCCGUCCGCAUCACACUUUCGGCCUGGCGGGGGAGCGGUGGUGGUGUGCACAGUCACACUCAGGUCUGGUGCUCAUGCUGACUGCUGCACGCGCAGCCUCUUGCACGCCCACGUCACAAUCUCGCACGCCCCUGGGCCCCCCCGGGGCAGCCCUGCUGACCGCCCGCUCCCCCCCAGACAAGCAGAACGACGUGGAGAUCCCCUCCCCCACGCCGAAAGAGCGGGAGAAGAAGAAGAAGCAGCAACCCAUGUGCCAGAUCAGCGGGGUGAAGAAGCUCAUGCCCAGCUCCAGCCUGGCCAAUUCCAGCGUCCCCCGCUUCGGGGUCAGAACCGACCAGGAGGAGCUGCUGAGCCAGGAGCUGGAGAAUCUCAACAAAUGGGGCCUGAAUAUUUUCCACGUCUCCGAAUAUUCCAACGGCCGCUCCCUCAGCUGCAUCAUGUACACGAUAUUCCAGGAGAGAGAGCUGCUGAAAACCUUCAAGAUCCCCGAGGAGACGCUGCUGACCUACAUGCUGACGCUGGAGGAACACUACCACGCCGACGUGGCCUAUCACAACAGCCUGCACGCGGCCGACGUGGUGCAGUCCGACGCCGUGUUCACCGACCUGGAGAUCCUGGCCGCCCUGUUUGCAGCCGCCAUCCACGACGUGGAUCACCCGGGCGUGUCCAACCAGUUCCUGAUCAACACCAGUGAGUGCCCCACUACCCUGCGCCUGAGCCGACAGGAUGUGGGCUUCAUUGACUACAUCGUGCACCCGCUGUGGGAGACGUGGGCCGACCUGGUUCACCCCGACGCCCAGGACAUCCUGGACACGCUGGAAGACAACCGGGACUG